AUGGCUAAAACCCUCAACAUCAGUGAAUCGCUCGCCGGGAUAACGAUACUGGCGUUCGGCAAUGGAUCUCCAGAUCUAUUCACCGCCGUCGCCAACCCGGAUGCCGAUACGGAGCUAAUGUUCGCCGAACUACUCGGCUCGGCUGCCUUCGUGAUCGGUGUGAUCGGUGGUACGGUACUACUGAUACAACCGUUCAGCUUGCCUCCUUGGGGUAUCUCGAGAGAUUUGGCCUUUUUCAUUGGAGCCCUGCUUUGGAUCACCUUCACGGCGGCAGACGAACGGUUCAGUCUAGUCGAAAGUGGAGUACUGAUCGGAAUCUACGUUGUUUUCCUAGUGUUGGUUAUUUGGGAGUUUAUUCGAGCGAGGCGUGAGGUCGAGGGCAUGCGAUCAAGAAUCUCACUACAAGGAGGCAUUCCAGAGCAGGACGCUUCAUUCAGGAGAGUCCUGCAUGUGACCGGAUUAUCUAAUCAACCUGCGCCGGUGCCAGCGAAUCCAGCGGAUUUUGCGUUGCAAGGUGUUCGAAUACCGAACAGCGGACUGUGGACUGACUUCUUGAGCCACGUGAAUCCGAUCGAUGCGAACGAAUGGGCCGAGGCUGGAUGGUUUAUGCGAAUGUUUAGCAUUAUAAAGGCUCCCUUCCUACUGGUGCUGUUACUUCUCAUCCCGAUCGUCGAUUCGACGGCGGAACGCGAUGGAUGGUGCAAGUUGCUGAACAUUAUCCACUGCAUGUCGCUACCGCUGAUGAUGGUUUGGGUGAAUGGAUUUGCUUCCAUAAUGUUCGCCAGAAUCUCGGUCGCUGGUUGGACUGCUACUUUGGGAAUGUCGUUAAUGGUAAUCGUGUUCGUGACCUCACGAACAGAUCGCUGCCCACCCUACCACAAGCUGUUCACCGUACUGAGCUUCUUGGGUUGUAUCCAGAUCAUCUAUCUCGUAGCACAGGAGGUGGUAAGCGUACUGGAAACGCUGGGCAUUGUGAUGAAGCUCUCCAAGUCGAUCCUGGGGCUGUCGCUGCUCGCCUGGGGCAACAGUGUCGGUGAUCUGUUUUCGAAUAUAGCGCUGGCGCGACAAGGUUACGCGAAAAUGGCAUUUGCCGCCUGUUUCGGUGGGCCUUUGUUGAACCUUUGCCUUGGACUGAGUUUGACUCUGAUAGCGAAAGCGCUCAAGGAUCCCAACUGGAUAGCUCAGGUCCGCAAAGGUGUGAUGGGAGAGAACUGUGAAGCCUAUCUGCUGCAAAUUCUCGCCACAACCUGGCUCGGUUUACUGCUCACCAACUUUCAGGCCCGCCGUAGCAUCGGCCUAGCGAUGAUUGUAACGUAUCUGGUGUUUUUGGCUUUUUCCUUCCUCGGUGAGUUCGAUCUAAUACACCCUUACGGUACCGACCAUCAUCCCGAUCCGAACUGGGCUAGUGGUGCAAACACCGGGAAUGCCGGGUGA